AAAUGAGAAGACAUUUAACAAACUGGAGUGAAAAAUAUAUGGGUAGAUUUGAUGAUGUUUAUAAUGUGAAAGUGUGAAAGACAAAAAAGAUAGUACUCACUCGUACAGACUUAUAUUACGGGGUUGUACAAGAACGCACUAAUUGGAGAUAAACAUUAUCAAUAAGAUGUCGGAGGGAGGAGAGGAUGAAGUCACACUCAACGGUAAACUACAGAGACACAUAAACACACAUACUGGAGAUAUCAAUAAGAUAUCAGAGGGAGGAGAUAAUUUAGUCACAACCAAUGGUACUUUACAGAGACACAUAAAUACACAGGCUGAUAAAACACGUCAUAAAUGUGAUGUGUGUGCUAAAGAAUAUAGUCAGAAUAAUACCUUAACGAGACACAUGAAGAAACACACCGGUGAAACACCAUAUAAAUGUGGUGUGUGUGCUAGAGGAUUUAGUCAAAGUAGUGACUUAAAGAAGCAUAUAAGAACACAUACGGGUGAAAAACCUUAUAAAUGUGAGGUUUGUGGAAGAGAAUUUGCCCGAAAUAGUUUCCUAACUGGACAUAUGUUAAUACAUACUGGAGAUAAACCACAUGACUGUGAUGUAUGUGGUAAAAGUUUUGGUCAGCUUUGGAAUUUACAGAGACACAUGAGAACACAUACAGCUGAUAAACCUUAUGAUUGUGAUGCAUCUGAUAAAGGGUUUAGUCACCGUAGUAAUUCGAAGAGACACAUGAAAACCCAUACUGUAGAAAAACCUCAUAACUGUGAUAUAUGUGGUAAAGGGUUUAGUCAUCGUGGUAAUUUAAAUGUCCACAUGAGGACACAUACAGGGGAUAAACCUUAUAAUUGUGACGUCUGCGGUAAAGUGUAUAGUCAGUCAAAUAGUUUACAAAGACACAUAAAAACACAUACAGGGGAUUAACCUUAUGAUUGCGAUGUAUGUGGCAAAGGGUUUAGUGAGCUUUUUGUUUUACAGAGACACAUGAGAACACACACAGGUGAUAAAUCAAUAACUGAGAUGUAUGUGGUAAAGGGUUAAGUCAACCUAGUCAUUUACUAAGUCAUUCCAGAACACAUUAUUUUGCACAUACGGGGGAUAAACUGUAAAACUGUGAUGUAUGUGGUAAAGGCUUUAGUGAGCAAAGUAAUUUACAGAGACACAAGAGAACACAUACUGGUGAGAAACCUCAUGAAUGUGAUGUUUGUGGGAAAGGAUUUAGUCAUCAUGGUAAUUUACAGAUUCACAUGAGAACACAUACAAGUUAUAAAACUCAUAAAUGUGAUGUUUUA